AUGAAACCUGGUGAAAGAUUUAUUGGUGAUAAAGGAUAUAGAGGUGAAGAGAGUAAAAUAUUAAUUCCACACUUUGAACCAAAAGAUAGAUCAAUGACUCAUAUAGAAAAGCUAGAAAACUCAUUUAUAAAAAGAAAAAGAAUUAUUAUUGAAAAUGUAUUUGGAAUACUCAAGAGAUUUGGUUGUUUCAGUGGUAUUUGGAAGAGUAACCUUCAAAAGCAACAGGAUGCAUUAUUACUAGUAUUAUAUACUUUAAAUCUAUCAAUUAGACUCAGUAGAAAAGAAAAUGGUUGUAAUUUUAAAUCAUCUAUUGUCAAAAGUUCAAUAUCAACAUCAGAAGAGGAGAAUAUGUUAAAUGACAAUAACAAUGACAAUAGUGGAGAUGAAGAGAUUGAAGAUACUAAUUUUUCAAGACAUUCUUUGGGUUGA